AACAUGAUAAUAAACCUCAAAGGUCUCUUAACGAUAACCUUCCAAGUCACAUGUUGCGCAAGAACUAUGCGUAUCCCUCUCGAAGACCUCGUCAAAGUCAGUUGCAAAUUGAUAAAAUUUUAUUUGUUCAAAAAAAAUUAAGUAAAGAUGAGUGAAAGUAUUGAUUAUAACAACCCCUAUUGCAACUAUCGGUCUCCCCUGAGCACCAGGUAUGCCAGCAAGGAAAUGCAAUAUAAUUUCAGCGAUCAGAAGAAGUUUUCCACGUGGAGACGUCUGUGGAUUAAUCUAGCCAAAGCAGAAAAGGAAUUGGGGUUGGACAUCAACGAUGCCCAAAUCGCGGAGAUGGAGAAAAAUGUUAACACAAUCAAUUUUGAAGAAUGCGCAGAAGAAGAAAAGUUGACGAGACACGAUGUUAUGGCCCAUGUGCAUGUUUUUGCCAAACAAUGUCCUUUGGCUGCGCCGAUUAUUCAUUUAGGGGCAACUUCAUGCUUUGUUGGAGAUAAUACAGAUUUGAUUGUUAUCAAAGAAGGGUUGGAGUUGUUACUUCCAAGAGUUGCAGGUGUUAUACAGAAUUUGGCACGCUUUGCCGAACAGUACAAAUCACUUCCUACGCUGGGUUUCACCCAUCUCCAACCAGCUCAAUUGACCACUGUAGGCAAAAGAGCGACUCUCUGGCUUUUUGACUUCCUCCUCGAUGAAGAAGAAUUACGCCAAAUCAAAGACAAACUCCGCUUCCGCGGAGCCAAAGGUACCACCGGUACCCAAGCCUCCUUCCUCCAACUCUUCGAUGGUGAUGCCGCCAAAGUCCGAAAGCUGGACAACCGCGUCGCUGAAUUAUCCGGGUUUGCUAAGUCUUACCCAGUCACGGGUCAAACCUACACUCGUAAAAUCGACUUGCAAGUCGUGGGGGCUCUCUCACAUCUCGGGGCUUCAAUCCAUAAGAUGUGCUCCGAUUUGAGGCUUUUGGCAAAUAUGAAAGAAAUCGAGGAACCUUUUGAGAAGACGCAAAUCGGCAGUAGUGCUAUGCCGUACAAGAGGAACCCUAUGAGGUCCGAAAGGUGUUGCGCUUUGGCCCGCCAUUUGAUAUCUUUGCAUUCGAAUGCGGCAAACACUCAUGCCGUCCAAUGGCUUGAAAGGACAUUGGAUGAUUCGGCCAAUAAAAGGUUAACAAUGCCGGAAGCUUUUUUGAGCGCCGAUGCCGCUUUGAUGGUUUUGGAAAACAUCACUCAAGGCUUGGUUGUAUAUCCGAAAGUGAUAGAACGGAGGAUCAUGCAAGAGUUGCCUUUCAUGUCCGCGGAAAACAUAAUUAUGGCCAUGGUGAAGAAAGGAGGCGAUCGGCAAAUUUGUCACGAGAAAAUCCGGGUUUUAUCCCAACAAGCAGGAGCCCAAGUUAAAGAACACGGAAAAGACAACGAUUUCUUGGACAGAGUCAAAGCGGACGACUAUUUCAAACCAAUUUUCGGCGAUCUGGAUGAAAUUUUGAAACCGGCAACUUACAUAGGACGUGCAUCGGAACAAGUCACCGAGUUUUUACAAGAAGAAGUUGCACCAAUCCUCCAAAUGUACAAGACUCAAUUGAAAGAAGCUAAAACUAUAACUUUGAACAUCUAGUUGUGUUGUUUAAUCAAUAUAGAGUUGCUUGUU